GUUAGGUCUUAUCACUAAGCAGUUAGUUGUGCAUCGAACAAGCAACGAACGAGCUCUGGUAACUAUACCGCGCAGCUUCACGUUUUCUUCGCGGAAGAAGCCUCCUUCCCUGCCUCGCUUUGCGUAUACCACGCGCGUAUUAUUCCACUCUUAGCUCGCUAUCUUUAGUCCGAGUCCGGCAUAUCAUCAGUGAACAGUUUUACAGCUUGAAGAAAAGAGAACGUUGGGACAGGCUGAAUUGAAGGAGCGGGCGGAAAAGAUCGGAGAGAGAGGAGAGAGGUCACCGUGCCCUGUCUGUAUAUCGCUCACACCGCGCCAUGAAUAUGCAGCGUAUAUCCGAGGUGGUGCUGCUGGUGGCCGGGUUUGCUUUGGGGCUCUGUGCUUGUCACACCGUGAAAGUGAACAAACACAAGCCGUGGAUUGAGACGUCAUACCAUGGGGUAAUCACAGAGAACAUGGACAUCGUCCAACUGGACCCUCCCCUGGUGGCCCUUGAUAAAGACGCCCCCGUCCCCUACGCAGGGGAGAUCUGUGCAUUUAAGAUCCAUGGUCUGGAGGCACCGUUCGAGGCAGUGGUGCUGAACGGGACGUCUGGUGAGGGCCAGCUGAGGGCCAGGGGCCUGGUGGAUUGUGAGCUUCAGAAGGAGUACACCUUUAUCAUUCAGGCCCAUGACUGUGGAGCAGGACCCGGGGGCACCGGGGGGAAGAAGUCACACAAGGCGGUGGUACACAUCCAGGUGAAUGAUGUGAAUGAGUUCUCUCCAGUGUUCCGGGAGGCCCAGUACCACGUGGCGGUGACAGAGGGGAAGAUCUAUGACAACAUCCUGCAGGUGGAGGCUACAGACCAGGACUGUUCUCCUCAGUACAGCCAGAUCUGUAACUACCAGAUCACCACCUCCAACACACCCUUCGCCAUCGACCGCAAUGGUAACAUCAGGAACACAGAGAAGCUGAGCUUUGAUAAGCAGCAACAGUAUGAGGUCCUGGUCACAGCCUUCGACUGCGGACAGAAGAGAUCCACAGAGAGCGUGGCGGUACACAUCUACGUUAAACCUGUCUGCAAACCUGGCUGGCAAGGCUGGGACAAAAGAGUGGACUAUGAGCCAGGCACAGGCAGCAAACAGCUGUUUCCCAAGAUGAAUCUGGAGACGUGUGGAGGGCUUCUCUCCUCAGUGAGGACCACGGUAGAGCUACAGACCAGCCAUAUUGGGAAAGGCUGCGACCGGGAGACCUACUCGGAGAAGUCCCUGCAGAAACUCUGUGGGGCCUCGUCGGGCAGCACAGACCUUCUCCCCGCCCCCAGCACCUCCACCAAUUGGACGGCGUCCCUGGUGACGGACAGUGAGCGGGACAGCGACCUCAUCUUCCGGUUUGACGGGCGGCAAGCGGCGAAGAUUCCGGACCAGGUGGUACCACAGAACCUGACUGAUCAGUUUACAGUCGCCACGUGGAUGAAGCAUGGACCCAAUCCUGGACUGAGGGCGGAGAAAGAGACCCUGCUCUGCAACUCUGAUAAGACAGAGAUGAACAGACACCACUACUCCCUUUACGUCCAUAACUGUCGUCUGGUCUUCCUGCUCCGGAGAGACUUCAUCCAGGUGGACACCUUCAGACCUGCAGAGUUCCACUGGAAACUGGAUCAGAUUUGUGAUAAGGAGUGGCACUAUUACGUCAUUAACGUGGAGUUUCCUGUGGUGACACUCUACGUGGAUGGAGUGACCUACGACCCUUACCUGGUGACAGACGAUUGGCCGAUCCACCCCUCUCAAAUUGACGUACAGCUCACUGUGGGCGCCUGCUGGCAAGGUGGUGAGGUUACGAAGCCGCGGUUCACACAGUACUUCCGGGGCAGUCUGUCAGGGCUGACCAUCAGGCCAGGGAAGAUAGAGAGCCAGAAAGUAAUCUCCUGUCUACAGGCCUGUAAGGAAGGACUGGACAUCAACUCACUGGAGAGCCUGGGCAAGGGCAUCAAGUUCCACUUCAACCCAGCCCAGUCGAUCCUGGUGAUGGAGGGAGAGGAUCUGGAGAACAUGAACGCUGCUCUGAGGAAGGUCUCCUACAUCAACUCCCGCCAGUUUCCCACACCGGGCAUCAGACACCUGCACAUCUCAACCUCAGUACAGUGUUUUGGGGAGGACACGUGUAUCUCCAUCCCGGACAUCGAUGCAGUGGUGAUGGUGCUGCAGCCCAGUGAACCCAGGAUCACCAUAGCUGGGGUGGACAGACUGACCAGGCCAGCAGCUGACCUCAGAGGACCAGCCGGACUCACUCUGUUCCAGGACCUUCACAUCAUCAGUACUGUCACCAAGGGAGACACAGCCUCACACCACACAGCGGGCAGGCCGGGGGUCCAGGAGGAGAUCAUUCAUAACCUGGACUACUGUGACAUCCUGGUGCUGGGGGAAGAGCUGAGGCCAGAGCAGGAGAGUCUCCAGCUGCAGCGUAGCACCCUGCUGGGGAAACACCUGGACGCCACCAACUCCACCUCCGGCAUGUCUAUAUACGGUGUGGACUCCAUGUCCAAUUAUGAGCAGGUGAUUAGGCAGGUGCAUUACUACAACUGGCACCCCGCCCAGACCCCAGACAGGAAGUUCCGUCUCACCUGCUCUGAGCUAAACGGACGCUACACCAGCAAUGAGUUCACCCUGGAGAUUAGUGUACUCCACAAAUCAGAGGCUGGGGAGAAUGUCAAUCACAUGGUAGCCCCGUCCCAGUACAUGCAAGUCGUUCCUCAUCUGGCCAUGGUCCACAGUCUAUACCCCACACACAGUCCAGGAGUCCCCAGUGCUGCCACAGUGGUGAUAGUGAUCUGUAUCGCCGCCCUGGUGGUGGUGGUUGUGCUAGGCAUCUACCGUAUUCACCUGACACACCAACAGGAGGGCAGGAGCUCAGACACAACCAAAGAGAGAGAGCUGGACUGGGAUGACUCAGCGCUCAAUAUCACAGUCAAUCCUAUGGAGAACUUCCAGGAGCCCCAGGGAGCUGAGGAAGAAGCCAGCGAAGAGGACGAGGAGGAUGAGGAAGAUGAUGACAUCACCAGCGCCGAGUCAAACGACAGCGAGGAGGAGGAGGAGGAGGUCCCAGGAGCUCUCAGUGUAAAACAGGGCAGCAAGAGGGGCCAGCUGGACUGGGACAACUCUACAUUAACCUGCUGAAUACAAUCACACAUACACACUGACGCACACACACACACACACACACACAAACACUAAUAUACACACACACACGCUGAGGCAUCAACAUACACACUACCAUAAAAUCAAUUGUUUAAUCAUGAGAGACGACCUGAGAUUUUUCUCAAUUGAAUCAACAUCUCCCCCUACUGGUGAAAAUGGAAAUGGUGAUGUGAAUAGAAUGAGCACUAAAGUAAUACACACGUGUCAAACACACACACACACACACACACACACACACACACACACACACACACACUCACUCACACACGUGUCAAACCCGCACACACACACACUCAUUCACUCACAUACACACACACACUCACUCACUCACUCACAUACAAGCGAACAACGCCAGCCUGUACUCCAUUUAAAAAUACUCCUUUCCUUAAUGUCAAAUCAUCUGGUGUUAACUAAAGGCUACAAUGUGGUACUCCAAUGCUGUACUACUAUCUUGUGUUCCUGAGUCAGUACCACAGACCUCAAGCCCUAGUCCACAAGCUGACAGUUUAUCUACUGUUUCAUACUGAGACUGUGAUAAAACAACAAAACGAAAUGUUAAAAUGCUCUAUACAGCUGAAAUUGCUCAUCAAACAUCUGAUUUCCACCUAUUUUUUCAGGGUCUAAAAGCUCAUCUGAAAAACUGUGGUCCUAUAGGUCGCCAUGAUCCUUUGUAAUGGUUUCUUUCCCAUAGGCACAUAGUGGUACAGUCCACUGUGCUAGAGUUAGCUUGGUACAGUGAGAUAGUUAAGAUGGUACAGUCCAAUAUAGGGAAACCCCUUCAAUCCUUACCAUGUUAUCUGUGUACAGUAUAUCAUACCGUCUGUCCAUUGCAUCAAAUAAAAAUUGAAGGCAUAACAAGAAAAAAAUAUUAUUGCAUUGAUUUGCAGUAUUUUAAUACCUGAAAAAUAUUUUGGAGGUUUGUUGCAAUGGAAUAUAUUUGAUUUAAUACUGCUUAUUUAAUCCUGGAUGAGGUGUCCAGGUUAUUUUCAAGAGUUAUGCCGUCCCCCAAUGGCACUAAACAGUCUUUAUUUGUUUUUCGAUUGAUGUGCUGUUGGAGAUGUUGUACUUACCUGAGGCAUAGUCAUGCAGGUGCCACAUUACAGAAUGUUCAGAAAUGUGUUGCAUAGAACUGACACGUUUCUCUGUCAUGCAAAACAAUAACCAUGUCAGCUCUGUGCAUUUAAAUUCUAUCUUCAAUAUUGUGUAUAUACAUUGCACACAACUGAAUAAGCACCCAGGUGAAAGUUGGCUUUUUCUGUUCUUGUUCUUGGACACACUACGAGAGAGGAGGAACCUUGUAAAUGUGUAUAUGUUCCUCUUACCUGAAGAUACUAACUAGAGUAGGUGACCCCGCCCUGAAUCUAGCAAGCCCCUCCCUCUUUUCUUCUGUAUGUAUGCACAUAACCCCGCCCAUGUCAAUUAAAUCUGUACAUAUUACACCAAACCCUGCCCCGCUCUCUGUGUUUGUAUCUCUAUGUUCAGUUCAUUCCAAAUGGCUAUGCUUUCUGUCUGCUAAGACAGGCAAGUUAAACCAACUUAAACCCAACUUAAGCCCAACUUAAGCCCAACUUAAACUGGUUAAUGGACAUGUAUAAGGUAUUCUAUCGUUCUGUAGUCAAUACCAGCACCCCCCCUUACCCCUAUCUUACUCAGUCUGCCUAAUAUAAAAUGUUACUUUACCUGGCAUGAGGAGAAAUUGAAAGUUUAUAUUUUCUACAUUUGGGUAUUUGACUGUGUGACCCUGCUUGAUGUAAUCCUUUCCAGGGAUAGUCCUUCGGUUCUAUCUGGGAGAACCCUGUCUUGAAGAGCCCGUGUAUAGCUAGCUACAAGUUCAUGUAAAGUGUUCAGCAGUUGUGUAGGGUUACACCUGUGCUUGUGACGUGAGACCUUGUCCUCAACCUCCACCAUGUUACUUUCGGCUCCUGAACCCCUCUCACACCUGUACCCCUACCCCCUUGGAACUUUUGCUAGACUUUGCAUCAACCCUCCCCAAUGUUCUCCCAGAGUUUGUUUUAGAGGUGGAAGGUGAAAAUAAAUAUGAACCUUGUAAAAUGGGUAAAAGCUUUUUUAGUUUUUCUUGACGUUUUCUUUGGACUGUUUUCUUUUGGAUGGUCACUACAGCACUUUCUGUAAAUGGACCAAUAAAGAGUUGUUUUAGAAUCUA